GGCUGCCUGUGCCGCUGCCGCCUGUGCCGCUGCCGCCCGGCCCGGCCGGACGCCAUGGGCUGGAUGCCGACGCAGGGUCGGCUGGCGGCGGGGCUGCUGGUGAACCUGGCCGCCUCCAUCUGCAUCGUCUUCCUGAACAAGUGGCUGUACGUGCGGCUCGGCUUCCCCAACCUCAGCCUCACCCUGGUGCACUUUGCCAUCACCUGGCUCGGCCUUUACCUGUGCCAGGCGCUCGGCGCCUUCUCCCCUAAGAGCCUGCAGCCCUCGCAGGUGCUGCCCUUGGCCCUCAGCUUCUGCGGCUUCGUCGUCUUCACCAACCUGUCCCUGCAGAGCAACACCAUCGGUACCUACCAGCUAGCCAAGGCUAUGACCACGCCGGUCAUCGUGGUCAUCCAGAGCCUGGCGUACGGCAAGACCUUCCCUCUCCGCAUCAAACUCACCCUGGUGCCUAUCACCUUGGGCGUUUUCCUCAACUCCUACUACGACGUGAAGUUCAGCGUCCUCGGGAUGGUGUUCGCCACCUUGGGCGUCUUGGUGACCUCCCUCUACCAAGUGUGGGUAGGAGCUAAGCAGCACGAGUUGCAGGUGAACUCUAUGCAGUUGCUGUACUAUCAGGCACCGAUGUCCUCGGCUAUGCUGUUGUUCAUCAUACCCUUCUUCGAGCCAGUCUUUGGAGAAGGGGGAAUAUUUGGUCCCUGGACACUUUCUGCUGUGAUCAUGGUCCUGCUGUCUGGAAUAAUAGCCUUUAUGGUUAACUUGUCCAUUUACUGGAUCAUUGGGAACACAUCACCUGUCACGUAUAACAUGUUUGGACAUUUCAAGUUCUGCAUCACCCUUCUGGGAGGGUGCCUUUUAUUUAAGGAUCCUCUGUCUUUUAAUCAAGGCCUCGGGAUUCUGUGCACACUGUUGGGCAUUUUAGCUUACACCCACUUCAAGCUGAGUGAGCAGGAAAGCAAUAAGAGUAAAUUGGUUCAACGUCCCUAAAGCCAGAGCUGCUGGAGAGCCAACAACAAUGUUGUGAAGGCAAACAAGUGUUUAAGUAUGCACUGAUUCUAGAAGGCACGGAACAGCCUCGCUCAUUCACAUCACCACCUCUGGGUUCAUUGCCAAGGUCAUUCAUCUGUAACGAAACCAAGCAAGCUGAAGUUUUGCCAUCUCAGCCUGUCCCAUCCUUUCUCUUACAUUUACAUGGUGACUUAGAAGAGAAGACACACUUCAAAUUGCCAUGGAAAUUGUACUGCAGUAAUGAUAUUAUUUGGGUUUUUUUGCAUACCAAAUGAGAUUUUGAUGGCUACAGUUACAGCAGAGAGAGGAAGAAAAGGAAUGCUGCCUUUGUGAUCAGCCAGUGUGAGGAAUCUGGAGGCACUUCUUUAUGCAGAUGUUCUGCUUCCUCCUCGUGGGCUGGUGAACGACAAAGAAGCAGCAUUUUUUGUUCGGUACUUGAAGAGUCACCAAGCUCCUUCCUGCUGCUACUGUGCUUUCUUAGUGAUGUUUGGCUUUAACACAUCGAUAGAUUCUGGCUGAAGAGCGCAGAUAAAAUGACAGGUGGAGAGAGACUAGAGGAGCUAUUGGAAAACUCAGAGCCACAGGCCAGGCUAUAGAAGAGUAGGAAAUCAGAUGUAAAGAUUUUUAUCUUAAGUUUUUCGUUUGGUCUUUCAGGGCAUUAAUGAAGUCAUUCGUGUUCUAGAGAAUUCUGUUACUGCCUUAUCAUUUUCCCUAUGCCAGAACCAAGGCUUUACAUGAGCUCUUGUAAAUACUCACCAGCCUAAUUAAAACCUCUGAAUUUUGUGGUAAUAGCCAAAUAUUUUGCAUGCAGACAUCCAUGGUAAAAAUAAUUUUGGAGCAAGCUUUGUAAAGGUCACCAUCUGCAAUGGAGGGAAAGGUUGCCUGCCUCUCCCUCCUGCAUUCAGCCCCAACACCCUCGCUCCUGCACCUCCUCCCAAGAGUUACCUUCAGAGGGGGCAGCAGGGGCAGUGCUGGGUAGGCACAGGCAGCAUCCCCUCAGCAGUCACUCAGUGGAAAUGUAUCAGUGAGUACAGAGUGUGAGGCUGGACCUGCUUCUGCUCUAAUUCAGGGAUGCUUUGAAAAUGAUUUGCUGACAGUAUCGAGCACUGAUUUUUGACAACAUGGAAGGAGGAAGCUGAGUGCUGUUCUACUGUAAAAAGGGAAAAAAGCCCUCUCUGCUCUCAGUAAAUCUGGUGAGAACAUAUGUUCACUGGCUUUGCAAGAUUAGAAUUGAUCUGCACUAUCUUAAUCCUUACGGUUAGGGGUUCGUUUCUGUCUUCAUCUACCUCCAGCAGACUCCAAGAGGGGAAUUAGGUGAACAAACACAGGUAUUUUAGUUUGACAGCCACUGACAGAAGUGAUGUUUAGUUCCUCUUCCUUUUUACAGCAUAAGACAGCAAGCUUUUGUGUAGGAAGCAGUGCAGGUCUUCUCAAGCUUGUAAAUUAUUUAUUCUGUUAGAGAGUUCCUCAUUUUAGGAGAGUUCUUUCUCUAUGUAACCUUUUACACUGCAGUCCUCUUUAUCAUUUCAGUGUCAGAAAUACCUGAGUGACUUUGCACCUUUAUCAACUGUGUCUUAGACAUUGUGCUGGUCCAAGGAUCAUCUUUUCUUCUUUUUUUUGGUAUACUUUUUUUUGUAAUUCUGCAUAAUUAGUUUUUUAAAUACUGCCUGGACUGCUAAAAGUGCUGUGUUCAGCCAGUCUCUGGAUGCAUAUCCUUCAGUAGGUGCACUUGGAAAGCUGUUUGCAUUAAUUUGUGCUGUGCACAAGUUCUUCUACAAUGUUGAUAGCCCACAAAGACUCUCACAGUUAGAAAACAAUGGAAUUAGAAGCCUGGAUGACCACGUAACUUGGGGUGAGACAGUGUAUAUAAAGUGGCAGAACAAACAGCACAGCCAUGGCUGAAAAUGCAAGGGACUAACGUGGCAGAAUGAACAACUCAGUCAUGGCUGAAAAGGAGAAGGACUAAAGUGGCAUAAUGAACAACACAACCAUGGCUGAAAAGGAGAAGGACUAAAGUGGCAUAAUGAACAGCACAACCAUGGCUGAAAAGGAGAAGCACUAAAGUGGCAGAAUGAACAGCACAACCAUGGCUGAAAAGGCAGAGCACUAACGUGGCAGAAUGAACAACACAACCAUGGCUGAAAAGGCAAAGCACUAACGUGGCAGAAUGAACAACACAACCAUGGCUAAAAAGGCUGCUUAAGGAGAGGGGCAGAUCUGCAAGAGGAAUCAAAGAGCAUCAUUAAAACAGUCCUGUUAUAAACACAGUCUGUGGAAUGUGCAAGUUGUGGAGGUCACUGAAGUGAGGUGAUCUUUUUCCUGUGUUCCAGAACCGUCCUUUUGAGAUUUGCCUGUUGUACUUAACAAAUAAAAGUGUCUUGGAACUUUGUGACAUGGUACAAAAUGUUAAAUCCAGGAGAUUUGUGUAAUCUUGGGAUCAACAGCUCUUUGUAUGUAUUUCUUUGGAUACCACCUACAGGGUGGGAAUAAAUUUUUAAUCACUCA